AUGGCAUUUAUUCGUUCUCCUGCCAUACGGCGCAUAGUUACUGGUGCCUCCCCCCAUCUGCAAGCUACACAAAAGAGAUGGGCGCAAGUUCAUAAUGUUCGGUUCUUGAACACCCAGCAAUCAGAUAGAGUCCUAGACAAGUACAAGGAGAAGCUUGAUCAGAAAGCAAAAGAGCAGGGUCUGCGAGAUGUCAAUGAGUUGAAAGAAGCGUACAAAGCGAAAAUUGAGGACCUGAAAAAGAAAUCUGCCGUUGCUAUACCUGUCAAUGCCCCUCCUACUCCACCAUCAUCCCCGACUACCUCAUCACCAUUUCCUGCAGCUCCACCACCACCUCAAACACCCGCUGAGAAAGUGCCCUCCUCCAACCCCGGGCUAAAGACUUUGUCCUCGUAUCUUAAUCUUGAGAAAAUUCGUGCUUUACCACAAAAAGAAAUUGAAGCACUCUGGCGACUUCGACAUGUCAAAGAUGCCCAGUCAUUGUGCGCAGCCAUACCUCUGAAUGUAUACAAAGCCCUUGAAACCACAGCAAAGAAAUUCCCUCACUUCAUCUUACCACUCGCCAAAGAGGGUCAAGGUGCAGAAAUCCAUUUCUUGCAAUGGACUUUCCCGGCCGAAAAUACCGUCACUGUUCUCUUCACACAUCUGGCAGAAUACAAACUGAGAGGAGAGUAUAGUCAACCACAUACUACAAUCACCCAUCACUUGGAACUGGAAAAGGAGAAGGAGUUGGUCUUAUUGCAUGGACAAGUUGUGGAAGGAAGAGGCGUGAGUGUCGACGAAGCAAAGUGGCUGGUCAUGUGUUUGCAGAAAUUCUACGGCCCGGUUGGGGAGAAGAGUGAUAGGCGUCGAUUGUUGGAGAUGUUUGGAAGAGGGGAUCCAGCUUUCAAGCUUGAGGAUUUGGUCGAGGAGGCCGAAAAGAUCAUAUAG